AUGGAGAAAUUGUGGAGCUUCUCGUCAAGAUCCAAUAGUAAUAUUGUUGGCAACGAUAGGGUACAAUGGGAGGAGGAGGAAGAAGAAAACGAAAAGGACAGUCUCCUUGAGCAAUUAGAUGAUACAAUCCAUGUAUCACGAGUUUUACAAGAUGUGGAUUGUUUUCUGAAUAAUUCUAGUCCUACGGAUCAAGUUCCAAAUUGUGUUGUCGACUUGCACAAAUUGUUGGAGUGCAUGAUAGAUAAAUACAAUAAACGAGGAAGAGGAACGGGAAUUAGAUUUGGGCGAGAUCCACAGGAUGACAAGUCUUUUCUAGAUGCUGUGGAACGUAUCUUGAAGCUUUCUAUCACCUCCAAUUUGAAUCAUCUCUAUGUAGAAAAAGCAAUGUUUAUUUUAGAAAACGACAUUUGUGCUCUUCUACAACGUCCCAAAUCCUCCAAAACAUACAGACCAACACCAACACCAACCCGGCAGCCUAGGAAAUCCGCCUCCUCUGGUUCCCUUCAGCUACAUUUUCAACUUCAAGACGAGAGGGAUUCCUUAAGGCUUAACAAUCAAGAUGACGAAGAUGACGACGACAAUGGCUAUCAUAUAGAGUGCUGCAUGGCCUUUACCGUUUUCAGGAGAAACUCUUUCAAAAAUGUGUUGUGGAAAUUGGGUUACACUUUUCCAAGGAUGGAGGAGGUUUAUAAAAUGCAAUGGGAGUUGCUGGAAGGACAAAUUGUGACAUGGAACAAAGUGUUUCGUCAUUGCACCAAUGUACUCUUCAAGACCGAAAGAAUGUUAUACGAUACAGUAUUCUCCAACCAACUUUCUCUAUCUCGGACCAUGUUUGGUGAUCUUGUUCGAAUUGUCAUCCUCCAUUUUUUGAAUUUUGCACAAGCAGUGGUUUUAACCAAGCCAUCACCGGAGAAACUGUUCAAAUUCCUCGACAUGUACGAGACCUUGAGAGAUGAACUGGAACCUAUCAUUGUACUCAUGAAGGAUGAGGACGGUUUAGAGCGAUGUGCGGAGGAUUUGACGUACGAGACAUCCGCAACAAAGCAUGGGAUCAUAAAUGUUGUUGUAGCAAUGUUCUAUGAUUUGGAAAACUCCAUUAAGGGUGAUAAUCUGAGGAUUCCUGUCCCAUAUGGUGCCAUUCAACCAUUGACUCGCUAUGUCAUGAAUUAUCUUAAAUAUGCAUGUGAAUACAAAGUGACGUUGGAGCAAAUAUUUUCCCAAUAUUCUACUCAACAAGAAUUGGAUAGGACGCCCGAGAAAUCGCCUUUUGUGCUUCAAUUGACGACAAUAGUGGAACUUUUAGAAGAAAAUACAGAAAGGAAGUCCAAGUUAUAUAAGGAUAUGGCUUUGCGUUGUGUAUUUCUAAUGAACAAUGGGAGAUACAUAGUGCAGAAGAUCAAAGGGUGUGCUGAACUUCACGAGUCCAUGGGAGAUAAUUGGUGUAGGAGAAGGCAAACAAGCGUGAAGAUGCACCAUAAGAGUUAUCAAAGAGAGACUUGGAGCAAUGUGUUGCAGUGUUUUAACUCGGACGGGCUUCACCAACAAGGGAACAAUAAGGUGUCUAAGCAGGUUCUAAGAGAGAGGUUUAAGUGCUUUAACUCCAUGUUUGAAGAGAUCCACAAGACACAAAGCAGUUGGAUGGUGAGUGAUGAACAACUUCAAUCCGAGUUGAGGGUUUCAAUAUCUGCUGUCGUCAUACCCGCCUAUCGUUCCUUCAUGGGAAGAUUUAAACAACAUUUAGAAUCAGAAAGACAUGUUGAUAAGUAUAUUAAGUAUCAUCCUGACGACUUGGAAAUUUUGAUUGAUGAUUUUUUUGUAGGAAAUGCCUCAUCCAUCACUCGAAGGAAGACAUGA